AUCAAAGUCAAGUUGUAGACGGAGGCAAUAACCAUAACACGAACUACUGCGGACGCAAACAUUUAUUAUUAUGUCGAAUGUUCUUACGUUUUCCACAUGUUGAUUAGUCUCUUUCUCAGGAUGUUGGGCUGCAAGAAUAUUUCAACACGUUGAGAUGAAAUGCUUCCAAGUCCCAACCCGUAUCUCUGAAGGGUUUGCUCUUCAUUGAGUCGUAUGUUUGCACACAACAAAAAAGUAAAGAAAAAACAGAAAAUUAUUGUUAUAUGCUGGUUGAAAUUAGGGAGCGCUUAGUCAAAUAAUUUAUGGGAUUAGACAAUUCUUGUUUUAGAUUAGUUGGGUGGGUCUUUAUCCAGUGAUCACUGUGUUCGGGUCAACUGGUUAGGCUUUACAAGUACUUUUCGACCUAUAACAAAUUCAAGAAAGAACACGUACUGGAAUUUUUCAAGUUUUUUAUAUUUAUUUACCAACUGUUUUUGAGGCAACCUCGUCUUUUUCUGCUCCGCCGAGGUGGGCUCACAUCAGCUGAAGGUGUCUGUCUGCUCUGCCGAUAACUUUUUUCUUGAGAUCUGGGCUUCUGUUGCCGUAGAAUUUGAAGUUCUUUGUAUUCUCAACUCCGAAUUCCAAUUGGGUUUCAGCUGCAAGUGCUUCUGGGUUUUUGUCCUUUUGGUUUCGACAUGAAAGUAUAUUUCCUCUUCUGUGUUGAGAAGACAAGAGUUCAAUCUGAAGGAUGGCUAUUUGUGGCAUAUUAAACCUGACGGAGCAUAUAUGUUACGGGCCGUUGUAACAUUUUCAGCAUGCGCAUAUAAUUGUCUGAAUUUGGUAAUUCUAACGCAAGGGUAUUUUCUAACUGGAGUCUGUGAUCUACUUCCAGUUGCAUCUUUAUUUGUUUUUGCAUCUUGAGAAGUUUGGUGGAGUUAUCCUGAUCUGCUGGGAUAUGCAAAUAUGGAGUCGAGGGAUAGUAUCUUGGAUUAUAGAAGCAAGUUGGACAAGACGCUGGCGUCACCGGACUUGACAAACGACGAAAUGAUACAUACCCUUGUGAAGAAUCAAAUUUUACAAUCAUCAAAUCAUCAGUUAGAAGAGUACACUGAUUAUGUGGUGGAAAGAAGAAGUAAAGAAAUCUCCAAUUUCCUCAGUAUGUUGAGGAGUGCCUCUGUGAAUGAUGUCGAGAAGUCAAAAUCCAAUGAUGAGUCACAAAUUGGCUGGAAAGUAAAACAGGACACUGAAGAAUUCCGGGUCAUGUAUCGAGAAGGACAUGAGGGAACUCCCUUUCAUACACUACUUGUCGAAGGCUAUGUGGAUGGGCCAGUCGACGUUUGUCUAUGCAUUUCAUGUGAGUCAGACCUCUACAAGAAAUGGUGGCCUCAAACCGCAAUUCCAACUUUCAAAGUCAUCUCAUCCCAGUGUGUACAAAGAGUCGGAAUCGGUGAACAGAUAUUGCUAGUGAGGAUGAAGGUUUCAUGGCCACUGUCGAGCAGAGAAGUUCUAGUACAUUCGUUUGCAUUUGAGUACUUACAAGAUGGUCUCGUUGUGGUUCUUCUUAACUCGAUCUCCAACUCAGAGACCAUUGCUAGAAGCACCCAUGGAUUCACCAGUGAUGGGAUACCCGAUCCAGAGGAUGUAGUAAGAAUAGAUUUGGUGGGAGGCUUUGCGUUGCAGAAAGUCAGUGCAACGAGGAGCUACUUCAGGACAAUAGCCAACAUGGAUAUCAAACUGGACUUUGUUCCUCCAGCAUUCAUCAAUUUUAUAUCGAGGCAGCUCAUAGGUAGCGGUUUCAAGCUCUAUAAAAAGGAAGUUGCUUCUGUUUCUGAAGGUGAUGAAAAAUUUCACGAGGCUUUAAAAGACCCAUUAUACAUUCGUAUACAUGAUGCUCUUUAUUCAAAAAAUACGUUCUCACCUUCUCCCGCUCGUGAAGAACACAAAACGGAAGCAUUCAAAGGCAAUAGUGCGAAGGCGGAAAAUCAGUGUGACAACGGUAUUAUUGAUUCAGAAGCCGAUGGAGACAGGACAAUGCUUGAUCAAUUCGUGGAGUUUACAGAGGAAAGUGAAUCGUUAGAUAAAAGUUGCCAGAAAUCAUGUGAUCAGUUGAUCAACCGAAUCACAGAAGAGGAUAGGACUGACGAGAAGAUAGUUAUUGGCACUGAGGUGGAACAAGCUCGUAGGACAAUCAGUGAUAACAUUGGACACUCUGGACCUGAGAUGAAAAGUAAGCUUGGCAUUAGUCCGGAAGUUCAACGAGCUCUGGGAACAUUGGAAAAGGCCAUUUCCAUAGUUCAGGAGUACAAUGGUAAACCUGGGAAAUGUCAGUCUGCGUUCAAGAAUGAACAUUUCAUAACUUCAGAGGAGGAUGCUGGGGAAGAAUCAUUUUUCUUGGAAGCUGAUCAAAUAGGAAGGAAGAAUGAGAACGAAUCAACGGGCGGAUCAACUGAUUUGACUCCACAUGAACCUGGAAACAUCUCUGAUAAUCAUAGCUCAAGGCAUAAAGGUUCCAAUUCUUACACAACGGACACAAACGAAAGCAAGAACGCCCCAGGCUCACCAGCUGAAAACUGCUCAAGUCCAUCUCAUGUUGAGCACAUCGAUCCACAUUCCUCCAUGAAUCAGAAAACUGUCUCGAAAGUCUUCAAAGCAGAGAACUAUCCAUUAAGUGCUGAUGCAAGCAGUAUCAAUGGAAGCGGAGCGACUAGAAGCACAACUAAAAGGAAAUACAAAAUAUCGAGGUUUUGGUGCUUACGUUUCUUUUCUGGGUAGUAAAUGAAGCAGCUUUCUGUUCAGUGUAGCUGUCGUCUGCCUAAUUUUCCCUGCAAUUGCCGCGGUCGUUGGUUACAAUGUACAAGAACUUCACGACAAGACAAGCAAGCUAUGAAUUUUUGUUCAAGUAUUUGUACUUGUUUAGGAAGUUUUUGUCUGUGUAUAUGAAUUCUAUUCACCAACCUUAGUACAGAUGAAGAAAAUGCAUUUUUAAACUGUUUAUGGGCAGUAAUUCAAUUAAGUAUAAACCUCGACAUAUUCAGUGAACAUGAUAUUAUCAGCAUUUUAUUUCA